AUCGUUCUGAGUCGCCGCCCCACCAUGCAGCGCCGCCGGACGCGCCUCACGGUCUUCAAGGAGCUCCAAACCGAGUGGGACGUAGCGAUCGCCGAGGGUACUGGUCGGCUCACGCAGAUCGCCAACGCCCUCCAGAAGGAAACGUACGCGGAUGGCGAGUCCUGGGGCGUGCUGGCCGAGGCCACGGGCCUGCACACUGAGCUGCGCCACAAGCUGCAGCGCGAGGCGCAUUUUGUCCAGCGCAACCUUACGCAGCUCAUCGAUCGCUUGGCCGAGAUGGUGGGGCGCAUGCGCCACCUUUGCGCAUACGAGGCCAUGCCGUCGAUCGAACUCGUUCAAGUCGAUCCUGAUCCGAGCGCGACGCUUUCGCCAUUUCAAUCUGAAGCCUACAUGCGCGAGCUGCUGCACAUGUACGAGGCCGAGCUCGUGGCGAAGACGCUCCUCGUCCACGACGUGCUCGACUGCGCCGGCCACAACGCAGCGCUCUUGUACGUCGCCUCGUGGCAGAUGCAGCCGUUCGUGUCGAAAGCGCGGGUCGCAGCGAUUACAGCGCUCUUGACGCUGGACGCCAACCCAAAGAAGCUCGCGCCGUCCGCGAGCCACAAGCUUGUGCGCUAA